CCCAUUGCCAUUAUGGAGCGUGCAAAUUCAGAUUAUUUAUCUGUCAGUGAUCUUUCAAAACCCAGGCAAACCCCUCUUCAGAUACAGCUUCAAAAGAUUGAUCCUUCUAUAAUUAAAAACGGAACACCUUCUUCAGGGAGCCAUAGACGUGGACAUGCUCGCCAAAAGACAACCCAAGAUUUUUCAUUAUUUGAGACCACUGUGUUAGCAUUCAGGAAUAUCAUUUUCAAUCGCUUGUGGAAACAUGACCACCGAUUUCAGAACGAGACGGAUUUCUGUAAGCAACAGUGGGACAUUCAUAAAUCUAGAAAGGCUACCCUGAUUGAAUGUGCUGAACUCCUCCUGGAGCUCUCCACCAUACCAAUCAGACCAUGCACAGAACAAGUUUGCACGGCUCUAGUUCAGGCGUUUAUUCACCUUCAACCAUCCACACUUCAUAGAACAUCAGGAGCGCUUGAGCUGUGGCAAAGAGUUUUAGACGCGUGGCGAGCGCAUCACGGACUUAAACUUGGUGAUCCAAUUCAUGUCGAAAACAUGUCAGCUGAUUUCGUUAGCAGUGUCCUGCUUCCUCAAAUACCUACGCAAAUAUCUCCUACCGCUACAAAUGUACAUAGUAAUCUCCAAGGUAGUGCAAUAUUGGCACCCCAGCAACAAUCGCAUCUAUUGGGAGCUCCAAAUCAUCCACCUCCAUAUUCGCAACUUCAAAUACAAAUCCAACCGUCACCACCACCGUCGCUUCAGCAAGCCAAUUCAUCAUUAGAUAAUGCUUCCACCAUCUCUGCAGAGUCUUCAAUCAAUGGGCUGGACCCUAACGCUGUAUCAUCUGUAUCUAGCACUGCAGAAUCCUCCUCGGCUACUCCUUUCAGGAAGCGAAUCGCUCACCUUUUGACUGAUGAAAGGAGAUUCCAUGCACCUAAACCCAUCCUUGAGCGCGUAAACCGCUUCUUCAGAGGACCGCCUCAAUUGGAUCCAGCCGCGUUCGAAGGCACGAAUUUAGACGCAACUAUUGCAGUACCAUUUCCUGAUAUCAUGGAUACAGAUGGUUGGCGUAUCCCAAUUCCAGAUCUCAACGGACAACCAAAUGCCAGUCCACAACUUGCGCCAAUACAGUCGUGCUUCUUGCAUGUACCUAUCCUUCCAUCGAAACGACGAUUAGAAACUGAGACUGAAGUCAUUUUGUUAGAUGAUGUACGGUUGGCUGGGCAGUUGAACGCCAAGCUCUGGGAAGAGUUUUCGAACGGUAAUGUUGUCGAGGCUAUCUCAAUAGUGCCCACUUCUGCAACUUGGUUCAGCAAGACUGCAAUGGCUGACUGGCCUUGUGUUGUAAUGACAGGACUAAAAUUUGAGCAAGCAAAUUUCACUGAUACAUCAGGAAAGAAAUUCUCCGAGGCACACAGCUAUAUCGCUGUUUUCCUUGGUCAUGACCCUAUACGUCAGACGCAAUUUGUACAGACAUUCCAAGAUCUUGGUAUAUCCGCAGCCCAAAACCCAGAAAUUUUGUCUAUAGGAAGAGGAGAGCCUCAAUUAACUAAAAAUAAUAGUGGUCGCAGUGAAGAUCAGCAUCGUUGGAUUGCAGGAUUCCGUAGACUGUUUCGGACCCAGGGCAUUGGCGGAUCAAAAGGAAGAUUGAGACGCGAUCCAUGGAACCCAACUAAUGAUACUGGUGACAAUGAUUUAAUUGACCCACAAUUCGAUGAUAUCUACAGUAUCAGUAUCCAGCCGCCCGCCAAAAAACCAAGACUGGAACGAGUAGGCCGACCAUCAGAUGCACAAGCAGCAUGGCACCAUAGUAAACGGCGUAAGAUGGAUGAAAUUGAAUUUUCAAAGCUGAAAAAUCCAGACUUAAGUGAGCGUAUGUUGUGGAGCGAUGAUGAUAUGUCCGAAUAAAAACGACUG